UGCUUUGCUGUGGCAUUCUAAUUGGUAAUUCUGUUUCUGUCCGUCGUCGUAAACUUCUUCAUUCAACGUUACUAAUGUCAGCGGCUUACUAAUUAAAUUAGACCAAAAUUCUUAUCAAGGAAGUUAGAUUUGGGUAUAUAUCGAAAGGAUGACCUAUAUAACAGUGGCCUUGAAUGGCCUAAUUGCGGUCGGGGCCUAUUUUAUGGCUUUGCGCAUUAUACCGCGUUUUAAGGAUAUGUUUAUCAAGGCCAAUCUCUUUGGAAAGGAUCUGUGCAAAAGAGACAAAAAAGAAAUACCAGAAUCAUUGGGUGUUUUGGUGGGCUGUGUCUUCUUGGUGGCAAUGUUUUUGUUUAUUCCUGUGCCAUUCACGUUAGAAGAAGCCGCUGCCAUGGACGUGGAGACUGGUGGCAAACCAGCCACAUUUCCCCAUGAAGAAUUUGUGGAAUUGAUUGUGGCCUUGCUGUCGAUAUGUUGCAUGAUUUUGUUGGGUUUCGCCGAUGAUGUAUUGGACCUAAGAUGGAGGCAUAAACUUUUGUUACCCACCAUUGCAACGUUACCAUUGUUGAUGGUAUAUUAUGUUAAUUAUAACUCGACAACGAUAAUAAUGCCAAAAUUUGUAAGAGGCUUAUUUGGUUAUUCCCUAGAUAUUGGGGUUCUGUAUUACAUUUAUAUGGGAAUGUUGGCUGUAUUCUGUACCAAUGCAAUUAAUAUAUUGGCCGGCAUCAAUGGCCUGGAGGUUGGCCAAUCGUUAAUUGUUGCCGCAUCUAUAUUGAUUUUCAAUGCAAUUGAAUUGUGUUUGGGCCAUCAAGUCGAUGGUCAUAAGUUCAGCGUUUAUUUAAUGUUGCCAUUUCUGGCUGUAUCGUUGGCUCUAUGGAAAUAUAACAAAUAUCCCUCGCAGGUGUUUGUCGGUGACACAUUCUGCUAUUUCGCCGGCAUGACAUUUGCCGUUGUCGGCAUUUUGGGCCACUUCAGUAAAACUUUAAUUCUCUUCUUCCUACCACAAAUCAUAAAUUUCCUCUAUUCCAUACCACAACUCUUCAAAUUUGUACCCUGCCCGCGACAUCGUUUGCCCAAAUACGAUCCACAAACGGAUCUCCUGCACAUAAGUACAACAGAAUUUCGAAAAGAUGAACUAAACAUUUUGGGAAAACUCAUGGUCACCGUUCUCAAGACAUUCAAAUUGAUCACAUGGCAGGAGAUGCCGGACGGUCGGGUAAUAACGAAUAAUUUCACAUUGAUCAACUUUGUGUUGGUGGUCUUUGGUCCGGUGCACGAGCGUGUGGUGACACAAAUGCUGAUGGGUGUACAGGUGCUGUGUUCCAUUGUGGCAUUUGUGAUACGUUAUCCGUUGGCAAGUUAUGUCUAUGAUACGUAGUCGGAAAUUGAGUAAUUAAAGUUUGAGCAUCGUUCACAUCCAGCAAAUAUUGAGGGUGUGUGCGGGCGUGUGAUUGUGUGGAACGAUUCCAUGUUGUUGUAAUUGACAAAUCGAGAGAGGUAGACGAAGAAACAAAAACUCCUAACCAAAAAGAUUAAUAUUUGUUUACUUUUAGUUAUUAAAGUACAAUCCACAUGAUAAUUGUCAUCAUCUAGGAAUAGGCAAAAUAUAAAUUAUUAAAUAAAUUUGGACAUGCAUUUUUUAAAAA